AUGCACGCUGCCAUGCUCCGCAGCCGCGUUGCCCUUCGCGUCGCUCGCCCUGCGCAGCGCGCGUUCUCGUCCAAGACCAUCUUCCCCAACGAGCCCACCAAGCCCUCGGUCCACACCGAGACCGUUCCUGGCCCCGCGAGCAAGGCUGCCUCUGCCGAGAUCGACAAGAUCCAGGACCCCCGUACCCACGUCCUUGUCUGCGACUACGCCAAAUCCAAUGGCAACUACCUUGUUGACGCCGACGGUAACCAGCUCCUCGAUGUUUUCCAGCAGAUCUCGUCGAUUGCCAUUGGUUACAACGUUCCCCAGCUCCUCGAGCUUGGUCGUUCGGAUGAGUUCAUCACGGCGGCCCUCAACCGCCCUGCGCUCGGUUCGUUCCCUCCCAAGCAGUGGGCAGAGUGGCUCAACACUGGCCUCAUGACGGUCGCGCCCAAGGGCCUUGACAAGCUCGUCACCACCCUUUGUGGUUCGAGCGCCAACGAGACCGCCUUCAAGGCAGCGUUCAUGGCAUACCGUCAGCGUGAGCGUGGCUCUUACGACGCUCCCUUCACCCAGGAGGAGCUCGACUCGUGCAUGGUCAACCAGAAGCCUGGUACUCCCCAGCUCUCUGUCCUCUCGUUCAAGAGCGGCUUCCACGGCCGACUCUUCGGCUCGCUCUCAGCCACCCGCUCCAAGGCCAUCCACAAGGUCGACAUCCCCGCCUUUGACUGGCCCGUCGCUCCUUUCCCCAAGGUCCAGUACCCGAACUCCCAGUUCGCCAAGGAGAACGAGGCCGAGGAGGCCCGCUGCCUCCAGGAGUACGAGCAGAUCCUCAUUGAGAACAAGAAGACCCGCCCCGUUGCUGCUGUCAUCAUCGAGCCUAUCCUGUCGGAGGGUGGUGACCGCCACGCGUCCAACAACUUCUACCGCCAGCUCCGCCUGAUCGCGAGGAAGCACGACGCCUUCUUCAUUGUCGACGAGGUCCAGACCGGUGUCGGUGCGACUGGUACCUUCUGGGCGCACGAGAAGUGGGGCCUCCAGGAGGGCGACGAGCCUGACUUUGUCACCUUCUCCAAGAAGAUGCAGCAGGCCGGCAUCUUCCACAAGAGCGAGACGCGCCCCAACCAGCCGUACCGCAACUACAACACCUGGAUGGGCGACCCGAUGCGCACCCUUCAGGCCCGCGAGAUCAUCCGCGUCAUCAAGGAGUUCAACCUUGUUGAGCACACCCGCAAGACCGGUGAGGUCCUUACCACGGCGCUCACCGACGUCUUCUCGCGCCACCAGAACCUUGUAUCGAACCACCGCGGCCAGGACGUCGCGACUUUCCAGGCCUUUGACUUCCCGUCGGCCGCGGUUCGCGAUGCGUUUGUCGGCAAGAUGCGCGCCAACGGUGUCCAGAUCGGUGGCUGCGGUGACAUGUCUGUCCGUCUCCGCCCUACCCUCACCUUCAGCGAGCCUCACGUCAACGUCCUUGUCGAGACGAUGGACAAGGUCCUCAAGGAGAUCUAA